AUGUUCCCAACGCUAAUACGGCGCAUGGCGCAGCCGGCCAAGGAAGCGGCCAUCAAGUCGGCGCAGGCCACCAACUUCCGCCAGACCAAAAAAGUCUGGCCUCCCAACUUCAAGGAGCUGAGCCACCAGCAGCAGCUGCGCUUUGAGAAGAAGUACAAGCGUCGCAUGAUGCUGGCCAACCGCUCGCCGCGGUGGGAUAAGGGCGUCAAGUACGCGCAGCUUGCAACCAUUGCAGCUGCUUUGGUGUGGCUUCUGUUCUACUCCGAGUUUGAGUGGUGGGGUCAAAAGUAUAAGCCGUCUGAAGAGAUUCGUCGGCGUGCGCAAUAUCUGUUUGGCGUCAUGGACCCGGACAAGCGCUACGAGCGUCGCAAAGACAUGGUUGAGCCGGCCAGCGUUGGCGACAGCAAAGAGUCGCCCUCAAAAUAA